CACAUUCUAAGCUCCCACCCGUGCGAUUCAGACAAGUUUGGAAAUUAAACAAAUCGCGUUUGCGACCGGAGACCGCGGGAAUCCAGAAGGGAAACAAACAAAACCAGACCCGAAAAAAUCUAUUGCAAGUUAAGUCAAGAUUUCAAGGGAGAAUCUAAAAGGACUAUUUGUUUAUGGCAAUAUGGGGUGUGUGUGUGUGUGUGUGUGUGUGUGUGUGUGUGUGUGUGUGAAUGUGAAUGUUUGAAAAAUCUGUAUCACUCAAGCUUGCAUCAUCAGUAUUCAAUGGGAUUCACAGAAGCGCUUCAAAAGAUGGUUUCUGUUAGUGUUGCAAAAGCACUUCCAAUUUUGGUUGCCAUGGUAACCGGAGAAGUCGCCCCGCACCGUUGAGACGCUGCCUGGCUGGAACCAGGAACUGUUCUUGAGAUCUCCUCCCGUCCCCUCAUGUCACCAUGGAUGAAUCAGCACCUGCCAAAUUUUUGAGACAGCUCACGGCUUAGAGGAAGGCUCAUCUAAAUAAAGGCCGGCUAAAGUGACAUUGCAGGGACUUAAUCCUUCUCGGGCAGCCCUUGUGACCAGAAGGCUGAUUUGCAAGUUUCUUCUUUUCCUGGGGUCCAGAUCAUUGGGUCCCUGGGGCCCUGCUACUCGCCAGCAGAAGUGCAAAAUGCAGGAGGUCAGAGCAGAAGGCCAGCGGCAGGGCCCCGGGGGCCUCCGAGGGGCUCUCACAGGCCAGUGUGAAAGAUCCUCCAGCCAUCAAAGGAAAUAGCAAACUGGAGCCUUUGUCCUGGGACCAGCCGCCCACCACAGAGCAUCAGACCGCAUGGGUGGCCAGAGGGCUCCUGGAGGCUGAGCAGGGAAGUGGUUAUGGUAACUGGCUGUGAGCGCGCCUGGACGGGGAGAGCUGGGAAGUGCGCCGUGAAGGCAAGUGUGAAAUGUCCCGAGUGAUGGGGGCAGCUCUUGGCUUGGCUGCGCAGGCCCUGCCGGCCUGUUGGCCUCUGCCCUCCUCCUACUGAAGCCACCGGGGGGGCCCCCUGGCUCCGCGGGCCACCUGUCCCGCUCCCGGGGCUCCCGCAGGCCCAAACUCCCGCCUCCCACCCCUGGGCCCUUUGCACCGCCCCGCACCCUGCCUGCCUUCCCAUCGGUGCCUCUGGCCGGGCCGGACAUGUGAGCCCGCGUGGACGAUGACUGCAGUGUACGCGAAUGGAGGCGGCCUGGUGACCCCCCACUAUGCCAGGUGGGACCGGCGGGAGAGCGUGGAGAGCGGCUGUCAGACGGAGGGCAGCAAGGAGGACGGCGAGGGGCAGCCCCGCCAGCUGACGCCCUUCGAGAAGCUGACGCAGGACAUGGCCCAAGACGAGAAGGUGGUGAGAGAGAUCACGCUGGGGAAACGGAUCGGCUUCUACCGAAUCCGAGGAGAAAUUGGAAGUGGGAACUUCUCCCAGGUCAAGCUGGGGAUUCACUCCCUAACCAAAGAAAAGGUGGCCAUUAAGAUCCUGGACAAGACCAAGUUAGACCAGAAAACCCAAAGGCUACUAUCCCGUGAAAUUUCCAGCAUGGAAAAAUUGCACCAUCCCAACAUCAUCCGUCUGUACGAAGUCGUGGAGACCCUGUCCAAGCUCCACUUGGUGAUGGAGUAUGCAGGGGGCGGGGAGCUCUUCGGGAAAAUUAGCACCGAAGGGAAGCUCUCAGAACCAGAAAGCAAGCUCAUCUUCUCCCAGAUUGUGUCUGCCGUGAAGCACAUGCACGAGAACCAAAUUAUUCACAGAGACCUGAAGGCAGAAAACGUAUUUUAUACCAGUAAUACUUGCGUGAAGGUGGGUGAUUUUGGAUUCAGCACAGUAAGCAAAAAAGGCGAAAUGCUCAACACUUUCUGUGGGUCGCCUCCCUACGCUGCGCCCGAGCUUUUCCGAGACGAGCAUUACGUCGGCGUUUACGUGGACAUCUGGGCCUUGGGGGUGCUUCUGUACUUCAUGGUGACUGGCACCAUGCCCUUUCGGGCGGAGACCGUGGCCAAGCUGAAGAGGAGCAUCCUGGAGGGCACGUUCAGCGUGCCUCCCCACGUGUCGGGGCCCUGCCUCCGCCUCAUCCGGGGCGUCCUGCAGCCGGUGCCCACCGACCGGCACGGCAUCGACUCCAUCAUGAGCAACGAGUGGAUGCAAGGGGUGCCGUACCCCACCCCUUUGGAGCCUUUCCAGCUGGAUCCCAAACAUUUGUCCGAAACCAGCACCCUCAAAGACGAAGAAAAUGAGGUCAAGAGCACUUUGGAACACUUGGGUAUCACAGAAGCGCACAUCCGGAACAACCAGGCCAGAGACGCCCGGAGCUCCAUCACAGGAGUCUAUCGGAUCAUUCUACACCGAGUCCAAAGGAGAAAGGCUUUGGAGAGUGUCCCGAUAAUGAUACUCCCGGACCCUAAGGAAAGGGACCUAAAGAAAGGGUCCCGGGUCUACAGAGGCCUAAGACAGACGUCUAAAUUCUGUUCAAUUUUAUAAAUUGCAUUAAACUGCUGGUAAUUCACCAAGA